AUGGCUGUCCUCAUCAACUUAUUCCAGGAUGAUGAAUUUGGUGCAGAGGGUGGUGGUCCUUCAGAAGCUCCUCACAAUCCACCCCAAUCUCAGCCUUCUUUCCACGGCCACCCAUCAAAUCAACCCCCAGCAUCCAAUUUCAGUAAUAUUCAGAUACCUCCUGGGUCUCACGCCCCAGCCAAUACACCUGCAGAGAUUCCCCAUCCAGAAGCACAGCCCGUCAAACCAGUGCCUGUUCCACGAACCAUGCCAGUGGUCGAUCCUUCACUUCUAAACAAUACCCAGGAAGGUGAUGUGCGGCUCACACCAGAAGACUUCACUCGGGCUCAGAAAUACUGUAAAUAUGCAGGCAGUGCACUGCAAUAUGAGGAUGUGGGCACUGCCAUCCAGAAUCUGCAGAAGGCCCUGAAGCUACUAACCACUGGCAAAGAAUGAGACCAUUGUGCUGUCCCCCCUAAAACCACUUUAUCAGAGGCCCAGAGGAACUGAAAAAGGGCCUUUUCCUUAGCCCCAUCUGUAUCAAAAAGAGACACGCCACAGGACCCUCCCCCCAUCACUCAAUACAACAUCUGUUACUGCCAUAUUGGAUGUCAAUAGUUGCUCAUUACUAGACCGAUGAGAUACAGAUACAGCACUAAAAAAUCAGGUGCAUAUGAAAGACCAUUUCAAAUUCUGAGGAGUUCAUACAUAUUCAUGGCUUGAGGUGUUUUAAUGUUUUUUUUUUUCUGGCUUCACAACAAUUUGGUUAGAUAUGCAUGGACAUGGAAGCAUGUCUCAAGAUAUCUUUUAAGCAGGAAUUCUCAUCUUACCUCAAGCUCUCUGCAAUAUGAGCUUUAGAGACAUUUUGCCCUUAACUACUUUCCGUUCACUUCUAUGUGUAUGCUUCGGGUGAAAGGAUUCUGCAGUUAGUUUACAUAGUAACUGUUUUCUGCUGUUAGUUAUGCAUUGCUCUGAACAACAAUAAAUAUUUUCUUGGUCAGCUCUUUUAUUGGUCAUUUGCAGUGCACGUUUGGUGGUUGAUUAUUAAAUGUAGUCAUAAUGUGCUGCUUUCCAAGGUGUAUGCAUUGAAUCAUGUGAACAAUAAGCAUUGCACACAUGCAGUUAGAACAUGAAUAAGGAUUAUAAUAGUGUUAACUUUGGAUCUCUGCACAGACAGCCUUAAAUCAAUGGCAAUUAUAAACCAUAUCAAAUUGAAAAUGUGUGCAGAUUAUUCGGCUGAAUUAAAUUCAAAAGAUUUUCAGUCAUUUUCUUAUUGAAGCUGUUUCUGCUACGGAAUUAAAAAAAAAAAAAAGUAAUUGCAAUUUUUUAUCUUACAUGU